AUGGAUGAAACUAAAGAGAAAUUAUUCAAAAAAGAAGAGGAAGAAGAGUUAAUUCAGAACCAACAAAAUGGUUUUCAUUCCCCUCUAGAAAAUUUUGGACAAGAAAAUGGACAUCUUAUUGAAUAUAGAACUUUAAGUACACAAAGUGAUGGAAGUGAAGAAAAUGUUGGGGAUGAGAAUAAUUUAAUUCAAAUAAUAAAUCCAGAAGGAGAAGACAAAGAAGAGGUUGAAAGAGAUAUUGCUACGUCUGUUGAUCUUUCUGAUCAGAGUUUGAUCCGUCAAGCACUUGGAAAAAUGCAGAAUUUUGUAGACGAUAUUCAAAUAAACCAAUUAGAGAUAAUUAAAGUACUUGACGAGGCUAAGGAUAAAUUAAUUAUUGAAAGAACACAAAUUUGUUCAGCAGAAAUGGAACGAAUUCUUGGAUUAUGUAAACGACGGAAAGGGGAUUUACAAAAGCUUUUGGAGCAGUGUAGACUUUGGGAACAAUUACGUGCCUCUCUUGAGCUUUGGCUAAAUCAAGCUAACGAAAAAUUAACAUCUGGUGGCCGUGUUAUUGGAUUAAGUGAUGAUGAACUCUCAGAACAAUUAGAUUUAAUUAAUCAAUUAACUGCUGAAUCUGAUCAGUGGGAAGAAAAAUUAAGAGAAAUGAAUAGAAUAUCCAAUCAAUUAUUGGAAAUAUAUAGACGGGAUGAUGGCCAUAAUCUUAGCCAUUUAAACAGCAAAUUAAAUACUCAGUGGGCUAAAUUUAAUGAUCAAUUACGUAUUCGACGUUCUGUUAUUGAAGCAGCACAAAGAUCGCGUUUUGAUUUUCAAACAGCUUUGGGACAUUUUCAGCAAUGGAUGCAAAUACAAUGUUUAAAAUUACAAAAAUUAGCUAAUGAAACAGAAAAUCAACAAAAACUUAAAGAUACCGGACUUAGAAAUGAAUGGUUGGGGAAAGAAAAGUCAGCAAAUAUGGAAAUAGAUGCACAUAGAGAAAUGAUGGAAUCAGUUAAAAAGAUGGGGCGUAAAUUAUUAGAAGAGCAACGACAAGAAUUGUUAAAUUUAGAUAAUAAUAAUGAAAUAAUAAUUAGUAAUGUUGGAACAGAAAGGGAAAUUUUACUUAAACGAGUUGAAAGUAUUGAAAGUGAAUGGAAUGCUUUAUUAUCUUUACAUAAAAUUAUUAAAGAAAGAUUAGAAAAUGCACAGGAAGAAUGUGAUCGUUUAAUUCAAUCACUUUCUGAUUUUCUCUUUUGGGUUGAUCAACAACGCAAAACUAUUUCGAAUACACAGCCAGUUGGGGGUGAUUUAAAUACUGUGGAAAGACAAUGUGGCAUUCUUCGAACAAUUCAAAGGGGUAUUGAGGCUAGAGAACAGCCUGUUGAAGAAUGUAUUAAAUUAGCACAUGAGUUUUUAAUGCAACAUAAUCUCCGGCCUCCGAUACAUCACCCUUCUCUAAUGGCUCAACCACCUGUUGAUCCAUACAGCCCUAAAACAGAAGCAGAACGUGAAGAACGCCGUGUUGGGCAACAAAUAAAUUCUGAUUCUAAACAAUUACAAGAAGAUUGGGCUAUUUUAAAAGAAGAAUUAACUAUUUGUUAUCAAAAAGUUGCUGAUACUCACAAAGAAAUGCAAGAAUUAGAUCGUUCAAUGGCUGAGGCACUUCUUUCAAUUGGCACAGUGGAAGGGGAAAUACAAACAAUGAGACCUGUUGAAAAUUUAUUGUUAGAGGAUUUAAAUUUAGAAAAGGUUGAAUGCCUUGACUUUCGCCAAAGAGUUCAUGAAGCGGGUACUCAUGUUGAUGAUGUUAAUAAUUGGGCUAGUAGUAUUCAAGCAAUGGGAAUUGAAUUAAGUGAUCAAUUAGAACAUCAUAUAAUUGCAAUUAAUGAAAGAUAUGAAAAACUUAAAAGGGAUAUUGGGUGUAGAUGGGCAGCACUUGAAAGGGCUUUAAAUGAUUUUGGACCAGCUAGCGAGAAUUUUCUUGUAGAUUUGGUAGAGCCUCCUUGGCAACGUGCAAUUUCUACAACAAAUAGACUUCCCUACUAUAUCGAUCAUAGUGCAGAACACACCCAAUGGGACCAUCCAGCAAUGGUUGACAUACUUGAAAGCCUGUGUUCUUUCAAUCAAGUAAAGUUUAGUGCUUACAGAACUGCUAUGAAGUUAAGAGCUCUGCAAAAACGGCUUUGCUUGGAUUUAAUUGAUUUGGCCGAUUUAAAUAUGCAAUAUACAAAACAUCUUUCUAAUUAUGCUGAUGAAAAAAGAAUUCAAGUUGAGGAUGUAAUUCAAUGUCUUUUACCUCUUUUUGAAAAAGCUCAUGAAGAAAGACCUGCUUUAGUGCCGAAUGUUUCUUUAGCUGUUGAUUUAACACUUAAUUUACUUCUAAAUAUUUUUGAUCCAUGUAGAGACGCAAAAAUGCGUGUGCUUUCGUUUAAAAUUGCUCUUGUUGUUCUUUGUCAUGCAACUUUAGAGGCUAAAUAUACUUAUUUAUUUCAUCUUAUUUCUAAUAAAGAUGGAGUUGAUCAUAAACGACUUGCAGUUCUUUUUUAUGAUCUUAUUCAUAUUCCAAAAUUUCUUGGCGAAGCCGCAGCUUUUGGUGGUUCAAAUAUAGAGCCUUCUGUCCGUUCCUGUUUUGAACAUUCCAAAUUCCCUCCACAUAUAAAUUCUGAUCAAUUUCUUGAUUGGCUUAAGAGAGAGCCUCAAUCUUUAGUUUGGCUUCCAGUUAUGCACAGAUUAGCCUCUUCUGAAUUUGCAAAACAUCAAGCUAAAUGUAAUGCUUGUAAAAUGUUUCCGAUUGUUGGUCUUCGUUAUCGUUGUUUGCGUUGUUUUAAUUUUGAUAUUUGCCAGAAUUGUUUCUUUAGCCAAAGAAUUGCAAAAAGUCAUAAAUUAAAUCAUCCAAUGCAGGAAUAUUGUACUCCUACAAGUACUGGCGAUGAUGUUAGGGAUUUUACUGCAAUUAUUAAAAAUAAAGUACGUCAAGGAAAGGGAAGAAUUGGUUAUUUACCUGUUGAACAAAUAAAUGAAGGUCCCCCACUUGAAUGUGCUGAACAAACACCACAAAAUUCUGAAACAGAAUCUAUACAUCAAAGAAUGCAUUUAAUUGCUUCUCGAUUAGAAAAAAGGCAAAUUGAGGCAGCUGAACAUUUUCCUUUGGCUGUUAUUUUGCCUUCGGAUGUCAAAAUUAACGGAGUCGAAAAAAACGGAAUAAUGGGUGUUGGUAUGCAUACACCAAUAAUGAUUGAUAAUGAAAAAAAUGAAAAAGAGAAUGAACUUAUUAAUGGAAAUAAACAACAAAACGAGAUUUCUCAAAAAUUGCCAGCAAUUCCUGGUUUAGCCCCAAACUUUCAAUCACCAGAAAUUCAAAUUUAUCACGAUCAACAAAGAAAUGCACAAAUUUCUGCUGUCGUUUUAGCUGCCCAACAAGAAGUUAAAUCCCCUAGUCAAUUAGUUACUCAAGUAGAUCAAGCAAGUAAAGAAGAAUUGGGGCAAUUAUUACAAAAAUUACAAUAUGAAAAUAUAGAAUUAAAAAGAAAAAUUGAGGAAAGAAGAAAGGCGAUUUAUUCAACAAAUAAUUUUUCUCACCAAGCAACAACUUCAACCCCAAAUUUGCGGACACCUGUAAAUAAUGAAGAUUUAGAAAAAAUUGAAACUGAUUCUCAACAAAAACAAAUAAAUAUUGAAGAUGCACACAAAAUUCGUGCAAAAAGUAUUGGAACUGUUGGUCUUCCAACAAUAUUUUCACAGCAAACAAUGUUGCCUCCCCCACGUAUUCAACGUCCAUUUCCAGUUCCUGCACUUCAUCGUCAAUAUUCAUUAGGUAUACAAACAUCAGAUCCAAUAACCGAACAAACAAAUGAUCAUCUCCAACAAAUGACAGUUCUUGUUGAGGCUCAAAAACUUAGAUUACACCAAAAAAGAUUGGAGGAAAGAGGAAUGGUACUUGAAGAACAAAAUAAACAAUUACAACAACAACUUGAUAGAUUACAAAAAUUAAUGGAAAAAAAAAAUGAAAUUAUUUUAACACCAACACAAAAACGUAUAGAUGAAGUCCAAACAGGUAUAGUCUCCUCUACAGAUGCAGAGGAUACAGAUAUGGAAAUGUUGGGAAUUAAUAGAAAAUCUGUUGGGGGAGGAUUAAGUUCUGGACAAAUUGGGACAGAAAUACGUAGAAAUAGAAUGGAUAGAUUAAGAGAAACAGUAAAUGAAUUAAAUAAAGCAAUGGAACAUUUUGUACAAUUUACUCAGCAUUGUAGUGCUGUAAGUGGAACAACUGCUGCUUUAAGAAGAGAUAUUGAAAAUCAAAAUGGUGAUGAUAAUGAAGAAGAAAAUGAUGAAUUAGAUAGUGGAACUGCUGAUCAGGAUUGUUUUGAGGAGAAAAAAGAUUAA